AUGACAUUUUUCUUUUACCACAUUUUUUUCCCCCCAGCAAGGGAGACUCAACUAAGGCAACACCAGCUUUCAUUCUUUCUCUUCUUUCAGAUCUUAUGUCGUCUUUUGUUCUUAUCUUGUUUUUGCUCUUCCCUUUCACCCUAUCUUUAUUCACUCCUUCUGUUCUACUAUGUUUUCUUUACUCACUCUCUGUUUCUUUCCCCAUCUAAUCUUCCUCUUCUUUUUCGCUCCUUGUUUCUUUCUGUUUUCCCUUCUCUUGAACCUCACCAUCUCCCUUUUUAUCAAUUCUUCCUCACACUCCCUUCUGCUUUUACCAUUUCCCUCUUUUUUGCACCUUCUCUCUCAUCUUUUCUCUCUUUCUUCAUCAACUUAUCUUUUCCCCUCCUUAUUCAAAUUCUACCCUUUUCUUUUGUGCUGUUUUUAUCUAUCUUUUCUCUCGUUCCUCUUUCUCUUCUCUUUCUCUCUUUUGUCUACUCUUAUUUCAUUUCAUUUGAAAUUCAUUUAACUUGUUCUCUUUUUCAUUUCUUUGCUCUUUCUUUCAAACUCUUUUUUUUCUUUCCCUUUUUCUUUCCAUCCAUCUCUUUCACAUCUUUUUCUUUCCUCUUUCUCUUUCAUUUUUUCUUUCCUAUUUCUCUUUUUCAUUUCUCUUUCUUAUGCUCUUUCUUUCACACUCUUUUUCUUUCCUAUCUUCUCUUUCACACUCUUUUUCUUUCCUAUCCUCUCUCUUUCACACUCUUUUUCUUUCCUAUCCUCUCUCUUUCACACUCUUUUUCUUUCCUAUCCUCUCUCUUUCACACUCUUUUUUCUCUUUCCUUCCUUUUCACACUCUUUUCUUUCCUACAUUCUUUUUUUUUCCUCUCUCUUAUCACACUCUUUUUCUCUUUUCUUUCCUAUCCUCUCUCUUUUAUACACUUUUCUUUUUUUCUUCUCUUUUUCACACUUUUUACUUCUCUUUCCUGUUCUUCCUGUCCUCUUUCUUUCACAUUCUUUCAUAUCCUUUCUCUUUCCUAUCCCUCUCUCCUUUAUUUUUUAAAAAGUAUAUAUCUUUUAAAGCAUAUAUAA